CAUAUCGAGUCAGAAGAAAAUAAAUGAGCUGAACAAAAACCUCUUGACAUGCUGGAGAAGCUCUGAUACUCUGAGUUUACAUGUUUGCAUGUGCGUGCUAAAAUAACUGAAUUAAUCUUUCUGAAAGCCGUCUCAGAGGAAAACAAAGAGAGACAUUAUGGGAGCAUCAUCUUCUGGCUUACUGGACGAAGUCAAAAUCAGUCACAUCAAAGGAAUUGUUGACUCUUCGUUCCAGAGUUUUGGUGUGUUUUACCGUCAGCAGUAUUCUGCAGCCUACAUCGCUCAUUUGCACCAGGAGGUGGAGCCUAAAAAGGAUGGGAGGAGCCUUUUGCUGACUCAGAGACCUUGUUAUGCUCCGGAGGACGUGCUGUACAAAGGCAGUGUUAAGUUCUCAUGCUCAUAUGAGCCGUGGAAGAAAUGCAGAGAGAGAUACACUGUACUGAGAAGAGAUUACAAAGUAGAAAUACAUGAGAACGUGGAGAUGUUCAGUCGUAGUUGUGCAGCCAAGUUGGUCCUCCACCCAGCAGGGGGCACUGUGCUGACCACUGAGGAGCAGUCCAGAGUCGUAUUGGAGCAAACAUGUGCCACAAUACUCAACGGUGUGAAGGACGACUCUUCUUUAGUGCUGUCCUGUCCAGAUGUAUUUCCUGUGUAUCUGCACCUGCCAUACAGCAGCAACAACUGCUUCCUCUUCCAACAGGAAGCAGAGCGAGCGCUCUUCAUUGCUGCACUGAAAACCUGCAUUAGACACUACAACCUGGAUCCCUGGCGUGAUUCAUCCUAUGAGACCCAGGCUUACAUACGGGCUCUCCGACUCUACCAACAGGACAGAGGAUGUUAUGAAUACUGGGAAAAGCUGCUGGGCACCGAGGACGAAGUGCUGGCCUGUCAAGUGAUGGAGGAGGUGUUGCCAUGGUUACAGAGUGAACUUCAGUCAAAACUGAAGGGAAAGAAGACUGACAGACUCAGGCAGUGGUUGGCUAUGGUGCAGGCAGCCUACACUCUGAUUCUGGAGCAGCUUUCUGUGGCUCUGGAGGCUUUAAGGACAGAGUGCCGUCACACAGCCUCAGCCCAGCAGGCUGCACUCAGGUCCAACCUGGAUCAGAUCAUCUCCUCUCACAGCUUCCUGGAGGAGAAAGUCAGGGCCUGUAUAUAUAGUGAAGCAGAGAAAGUGUGCGCGGAGUCUGCAGCUCCCUACAUGUCCUCCGUCCUCGAAGUACUUACAGAAAGCAUCAGUGCAGAGAUCCAGGCGAUGCAGCACACACUGCACGCACAGAUGGAGGCAGCCUUCACACACAUGCAAGGAUCGAUGGGCGACACAGAGAAGGCCCUGGGCACGCUGCGCUCCACCACUCUGGAUCACUGCUACAGCUCAGUGGAAACUCUGACAGACAGACUGGAGGAACUGAAGCAGAAUUUUGGGCUCAGUAGCUUUCAGCGACUCAUUCAGUGUGCACGUCUGGAGAUGGAGCAGUUGUUGGACAGUGCUGUCUACACUUUAGAGCUCUGCCUGGAGUCCUCAGCUAGACUGCAGCCGUCUCAGAUCCCCGUCAAAGUGGGCCGGGCCAAGGAACGAGUACUGAAGCAGUUGGACCAUGACAGCAGACUCGUGCAGAGGAGACUUUAUGAGGAGAUGCUGCUGGAGAUCAGUCUGCCUGCUGUCACAAGGAGGACAGACCAAACAUGGAAAACUGAGCUGCAGCAGUUUGAGCAGUACAUCUUCUCAGACUACAGCAACUUUGUCCUGGUUCAGAAUGUCUAUGAUGAUGUGCUGAAAGACAUCCUCAGUAAGGAGAUAGAAAAAGUGAUCCAGGAGGCUGCCGGGAAGACAAACGCCACUUUGUUGUACAGUUCAGAUUUGGCCAUCAGUCAGCACAGCCUGCUUGGGCCAACGCCUCCUCGCUCCCCCCCAGGCAGCCCAGCUGCUCACGCUCAUAACUCCACCUCUGUGGUCAGCGGCGCUGCUCCGGUGGAGGAUGGAAGUAAGCCCGUUCCAGCUGUGCCAGAAGAAGAGCCUGAUCCCAAACAUGACCCCAGUACCACCUGUAACUCAAACCCAAGCUCGGAGUUUCUGUGUCCCGUCAUUGUGAUACAACCUGGUGAACCCACAGCUUCAGCCUUUGAGGAAGAUCAGACUUCCAGCUCGACUCCGCCCACCUCUGAUGAAAUCGGUGCAGCCGACUCACCUCCUGUCUCAGAAGCAUGUGGUCUCAUUUACCCUCUGACCCGCGCCGACCCGUGCGCUCAGAGUGACGGCUUGCCCACAAGCUUUGAUGAUCCAACUGACCUCACAACCUUGGAAAACUAUUCUCCCUCUCAGACCUCCUCCGGCCCUUUACCAGCCAUAACUAACUUGGUAUCACUUAAAGAGGUGCUCAGUUAUGACGCCACACCUCCUCCUCCAACUGAGCAGCCCACGGACACCGUGCACCUGAGAGGCGUGCAGGAGGACUGUGAGGUGGAGACAACGAAGGGAGAGGAAGGUGCAGCAGAGGAGGCCGAUGUAAAAGAAAGAACCAAAGAGAAGAAAGAAGCAGAAGAUGAACUGCAAAACAAUGGUCCGUCUGCCUGCACAUCUUCUGGAUCACCAGCAGAGGCCGCCAACAACCUGAUUCCAACCACAGACAUGACCGAGAGUGAAGGUCAGAAAAAUACAGACACCAUUGGACAUAUAGAAGAGACGGGUCUGCAAAGCCCUCAGCCAAUAACAUCCCAGCCAGAGAGCGAGGCUUUGCUGCCAUUGGACAGUGUGGCACAGAUCAGAGAACUUGUGACUGAAGUCAUUGAAGUGGAAGAAACCAUCACCCACUGUCCCACCAUGACAAACUGACUGUUACAUCCUUCAGCCAAACCAUCGUUACAGUUUAAUCCUUAUUAGAGAGGCUACAUUAAGCAUGAUGCUCAGCUUUUUAUAUCAAUCAUCAAAUGUACUAAAUCAGUGGUUCUCAAUCUUUUUGCAAUGAGUACCACCUUAGAAAAUGUUUGGCUUUCCAAGUACCACCAUUACAACCGGAAAUAAAGGCGUCACAGCACUCCAUGUUUUCACAUUCAGUGUUC